UGCAGUGGAGGAGCAUGUUUAUUCAGGUUCAAUCAACGCCAAAUCCGUCCUCUCUCAUGUUUUACCCAGGAAAGGCUGUGAUGGAAGUUGGAAGUGCUGAUUUCCCAAGUGCUCGAGCAGCCAUGUCUUCACCACUUGCUAAAUCUAUCUUCGCCAUUGAUGGUAUUACAAGAGUCUUCUUUGGAUCAGAUUUUGUGACCGUCACGAAGUCUGAUGAAGCUUCCUGGGAUUAUCUAAAGCCUGAAGUUUUUGCUGCAAUAAUGGACUUCUAUGGGACAGGAAACCCUCUUUUUCUAGAUUCGAAUACUGCAGCUUCUAAGGAUACUGCAAUUCAUGAGAAUGAUUCUGAAAUUGUUGCAAUGAUCAAAGAACUUUUGGAGACUCGAAUUCGUCCUGCUGUGCAAGAUGAUGGCGGUGAUAUCGAGUAUCGCGGAUAUGAUGAGGAAACUGGUAUUGUAAAGCUAAGGAUGCAAGGAGCUUGUAGCGGCUGUCCGAGCUCAUCAGUGACUCUGAAAUCUGGCAUCGAGAAUAUGCUUAUGCAUUAUGUACCAGAGGUUAAAGGAGUAGAACAAGAGCUAGACAAUGAAGCAGAUGAGACACUAUUGACCAGCCAGGUAGACUGAAAUGAUUACUUACAGUUCAGGCUUUUUUAAUCUUCAAUAAUUAUGUAUGACAUCAUCUUUGUGUGUAAAUUGAGUCUUGUAGUAUUUUGUUGUUCCAUUGAUGUUUAACUUUGUUAAUCCAAAUUACAUAAAAAUAAUUUCGAAGUAUUUUGA